GCUCCUCCAGCAUUUCGGGGACCAUGUACAACCUGGAGAAGAGGUCCCAGCAGCGGGGGCCCAGACUCCACAUCAUUGGCUGGCCACCAAGAAGCGGCGCUCCAGUCUCGGCGCCAAGAUGGUGGCCAUUGUGGGGUUGUCGCAGUGGAGCAAGAGCACACAGCAGCUCAACCAGCAAGACGGCGGGACGAAGAAGCUUCGCAGCACCAUCCGACGGAGCACAGAGACCGGCAUCGCCAUGGAGAUGAGGAACCGGGUGACACGGCAGGGCAGCAAGGACUCGACUGACGGCAGCACCAACUCAAACAGCUCUGAUGGAACGUUUGUCUUCCCUACCACACGCCUCGGGCCUGAGAGCCAGUUCAGCGACUUUCUGGAUGGAUUAGGACCUGCUCAGAUUGUAGGCCGGCAAACAUUAGCUACACCCCCCAUGGGGGACGUCCAUGUAGGCAUGGUGGACAGAGGAGGGCAGCUGGAGGUGGAGGUCAACCAGGCCAGAAGGUUGACCCCCAAACCAGGCUCCAAGAACACACCAGCGACCUACGUGAAGGUGUACGUGCUGGAGAAUGGCAUAUGCUUGGCCAAGAAGAAAACCAAAGUAGUGAAGAAGAAUCUGGACCCCACCUACCAGCAGGCUCUGUUGUUUGAUGAGAGUCCUCAGAGCAAAGUCCUACAGGUAAUAGUGUGGGGGGAUUACGGACGUAUGGACCACAAGUGCUUCAUGGGAAUGGCCCAGAUCCUUCUCGAGGAUUUGGACCUGUCUGCCACAGUCAGCAGCUGGUACAAGCUGUUCCCUACCUCCUCUCUGGCAGACCCCAGCAUCGGACCCCUCACCAGACGCCUCUCCCAGUCCUCCCUGGAGAGCGCCACCAGCCCCUCGUGCACCUAGACACCCGGCAGACACCCACAUGCACGGGCACAGGCACAGGCACAGUCAUGCAGACACGGACACACGUACUGUAUAUACACAACGACUGUAUUCGAAGUGCAGGGCAGGUAGACACACACACACACACACACACACACACAUAUAUAUCCAUGUGCAGGAAGAUACGUUUGACAUGUAGGUGCAAACACCUGAUCAUCCACACGCUGCCAUAUGCUUCACUUCCAUACUCUCACACACUGAUCUGUAUUUUAGUUGAGAAAGGCGCGAGCAAAUCCAACUUGAAGUAGACUUAAUUUACCAGAACAUGUAGCAUUUUGUUCACCGUCCCAUUUCAACAUUUCCUACCAUGACACGGCACUUCUGCAUUCCAAGGUAGCAGAUUUCUGUGCCACCGCUCAUCCCAGGGCCAGUUUCUAAACUCUCUCUAUGCCAAACUAAGAAAAAAAAAACCACUUUAUUUUUCAAAACCAAAGCAAUUGUAACUGUUGUUGUUAUUACUACUAUAAGUCGUAGGUGAACUAGUAUACAAUAUAAAGUAUGGAUAUGUAGCAGAGUCAAUGACUUAGAUGUAAUGCAAAAAACCCACCAUACAUUCUACACACACGCGCUGAGAAUGGCAGGUCACAUAAACACACCUGGGCAACAGGCUUGGAGAUUCACAUAAUGGCUAUUAUGUGAGGUAGCAACACAGCUAUUCUAUAAUUUUCAGAGUUUAUAUAUAGAUAUACAUAUAUCAUAUAUAUAUAUAUAAAUAGAUAGUUAAAUACUUAUUUGUGUUCAUGUAUGUAUCGGCUGCAUUCUGCAUGUUUGCUUGCAACCUUUGUAGAGACAUUUUAAAGCGCUUUGAUGUUUUUAUUUAGCUUUCCUCGACCAAUGUAACGGGAGUAGAGCGCUGCUUUAGUUUUAGUUUUUUUGUGUGCAUCCGUCCUGAGAAAAAAAAGCACUGCACUGAGUUAGGGAGAAGUGCGGGGCUUUGAUGACAGGGGGGAGCGCUGUCAUCGCAAUCUGCAGAAGAAGAGAACAAAUCAAUCAGCCGGCGGACCCGUUCGCUGAAGAACAACAUUUCUGAUCCUGCCUUCGUCUUUAAAGUAAAGGACUGUUGCACCACACAGGGCACUCGGCACAAAGACGUUCUGGGAAAUGUGUCCAGCUCUAGUCUUGUGUUCCACAUCCAGGGGGUGCCACACUCACUCUCUCUAUCUGUAUACCAGCACCCAGACUUGUCUGAACUUCCUGUUGAUUUCUCCCUUUUUUGAUGUCAUUUUCCCCACACUCUUCCUUAAUGGUUAACGAGGUAGGAGCUUGUCUCUCACUCACACACACACACACACACACACACACACACACAGCUGGUACCAAGUAAUCUUUAACCCUCCUGCUUAUCUCUGCGGUCACCCCUCUACGUCACACUUAACUGUAACUAAACAACUGUUGUAAAUGUGUAAACGCAUAUUGGAUGCAGAUUUGCUUUUGCUUUUUGAUAUCCGACUAUUUACGCCAGUGUUACUUUUCUAGCAGGUUGAUUUGUUAACCUGCCAUGUACGGUAGUUUUACUCGUUUCAGGUGAAACAUGUCACUCUUCAUAUUUCCUGUCAGGCAGCGUGUUUGUGCUUGAGAUGGCACUUUACUGUAAUAUAUGAAUUACGUUUGAAUUGGUUGAGCACCUGUUUAUUUAUUUUAAUUUGAGUUGGUCACACUGCAGUGUGAACCUGUUAAUUGAAUGCCAGCAUGGAAAUGUAACUUGAGUGUGUUUUUUAAUUUCCGUGUAAAGGCCCGCUGGGACAACUGCAACAGGUCAGUUCUGCCAAUGAUAUUCGUCUCAACCCUGAGCAACUAUAAUGGCCAUUUAUUUAGUUGUACAACAUUGGAUUACUCAAAAGCCUUUUUUUUUUGUGUGAAAGGUACAUUUGUGGGUGUUUUCACAAGCCAACAUUUAGUCCAUUUUAAUCAAACCCUGGUGCAGUUAAACCCCUUGUGUGGUUCGUUUAAGCAUUUGUAAUUAUACUCUAGUGCGGAACAAAAAUGGGAUGUGGUCUCGAACUGUCAGCAAGUGAAACCAAAGCAGACACAUAGAAAACAAACCAAAAGUAAUAAUUUCCCUCUGCGUCGGACGAGCCAAAGCCUGUGAGUUGUGAAAGCGCUCUUAAAAAUAUAAAAUAUAUAUUAACUUGAGAGAUAAGCACCUGUCCCAAAAAAAAUCUAAACAAGUUAUAAUUUUUUUGGAGGUAAUGUCGCACAAUCUCCAACUCCACUUUGGUUUUUAAUAAGUUUCAUUUGAAAAAAAGUAAAAGGUAAAGACUGACCUGGCGGCUGUAAGAUGCAAACUGAGCUGCUGGUGUUUACUGUUUUCUUUAGGAUGAACCUUUCAUCAUCCUCUUCAGUAGCUCGGAGUGUUUUUGAAUCGGUCUGUCUUGGGACCACAACCUUGUGUAUGGAUACGUAUUUUAGUAGCGUUAGGAGAAACGUUACAGGCUAUUAAAGGCUUGUGCGUGUUUACAAGCUCAGAUUUAGAUUUGAUUACCGCCACAUGUGUUGUCGUCUGCUAAGAAACUGCGUAGCUCACUCCUGCAUUUCUGCAAAAAAAAGGGGAAACACCGAGGCACUUUGUCUCGUCAGCACCUCAGACCAACAGAAUUCACAUUUCAACGCUUGAACUUUGGAUAAAGGGAUCUCUGGCAUCCUUGAAUUUUCUGGGAGGAGGAAGAUGUUCAUUUUCUGACCCUCCCUCCCGUCAUGUAUACAAACCCAUCAAGGUCUGGGUUCCAAUUUCUUUGUACCUUUUUUGGAGCUAUUCCUUGCUGGAUCUGUAACUUUGUAUGGUCGUGUAUAUGAAGUAAUUUAUGUACAUUUUUUAAUUUGUAUCUACUUAUUUUUGUGGACAGCUGGCAUGAUGUAAACAUAAGGAAUUGAUCUCUUGGUAUUUGCACACAUUCUCUUCAGUGCACGGGCUAAAAAAAAAGCUUUGUUGCUGGGAGAGAAAAUUAAUUUAAAUAAUAUAAAAUCAUAAAGAGAUUCAACACCCCUGCUGAAUGUUUAGGUAACAUCUUUAAAAAUGCUGUUAAUAUUUUUCCAUGGGAUUUCCAGUACUGUGGAGCUUAUAUGAGAGCGUAUAUGUCCCUUUGCUGUAUAAUCAGAAGCCCUACACAUGAACAGUUCUAAUGAUUGAAAGCAGAGAAAGAAACAAUGCAAAGUGAUCUGUAAUUAAUUAUUAACGAGCAUUUGCCAAAUUUGUCCAAAUCUUUCGAUUCCUGCAACCAAAAGGAAAGUUUCCUUUCUUUAAAGUGUACUUUGGGUGUAUGUCUUUCAACGAUGUGCAUUUAUUGAACUGCAUGAUGCGUAAUAAUGAGCCGAAAGAUGCGAGCGAGAGAUUCAAACGUGUAAAUAUUUGUUAACACUUCGAGUUGUGAGGAGAAUUUAAGGAUCAGGGUUUUUUUUUCUUCUUUCUUUUCGAUAUGAACAUUAACACUGUUGUGUCACAUGAUAUCACGUGGAUUGUCUCAUCACAUUUGAUUUAUUUUGACACUACUCUUUUAAGCAAAAAAAACAAACAAAGGGAGGUUAAAGCCUCACAAGCAGCAGGGUUAACUAUGGCAGGGCAGAGUAUUAACAGGUCAUGAGAGAGACUCAGACUUUAGUAAACGUGAAGGGAGAUGCAUGCAACGCAGGUGGCACAUAAUGGAUGAAUCAAAGCGUCCGUUAUAGACACUUUGGCAGGUUAUAGGAAACGGAGCAUGAAGAGCUUGGUGAACCGUGUUUCAGAUAAGGGUUAGAUGGCUUGAGUUGGACAGUAUCUGGUUCAGCUGAGGUUUGAAUGUAUAGGCUGUGGAUGCUUUGGAUGUAAACCCGUGAUGCGCUCGCUUGCUUCCCUGUAAAAUCCACAUCGAGCAUUCUCUCUCUCUCUCUCUCUCUUUCCCAACUUUAUCGUGUGCAAAACUUUUAUAAUGUAUCUCCAAUCAACCUGAAUCGUCUUGAGUGCUACAUUGGAAAUGUAUUUUAUUUUUGUAAGGAGAGCGGUAUUAUUCAGAGGAGGAGCGGGAGUCGUGGGGGGGGGGGGGGCGAAACACCCUGCCUUGAGAUUUUCGAGAAAACGAGGGCUCGUUCAGUUUACAAUGGCCUUAUUUUGUGUAGGAGACAUUGCUUCACUAUUGUAGCACACGACUGAAAGUUUUGACAAAUGUAUUUUGCUUGAAAAUAUUGUACCAAACUUAUAUACGUGUAUAUGUAUAGUUUUAUGAAUGUAUUUCUUAAUCCUUACACCAGAACUGAGUGUAACCUUUUUGUCAUCUUGUUUGCUAUACAGUCUCUUUAAAGGACUUCCCAGGGAGCUCGCCUGCAUUGGUUCAGGCAGCGCCUACUUCUACCGUACUGUAUACUGUACGUCUUAUUCUUUGUGUGUUCACUUUACAAGAACAGCUCUGUGGUUGAAACGAGCAUGAUUUCUGAUGGGAAAGGAUUGCUGUCCCCCCCCAACUUUACCAAUUAACUCGAUUUCUCCGUCACGCUGAUGGAAUUGUUAUGAUUUUUGUACUUUUGAACUUGCAAAAAUGUUUCGCUUGCAUGGUUACUCUGAUGAUUUUCUUGUAUUUAAUCUUUAUGAUGGAAUGAUUACGAUGAUAGUGACACACGAGGAAGUCAGUUAGAGUACAGUUACAAUGUCAAAGGAAAGUUUAAAGUAGCAUUGUCUUCGCCUUCCACUUUCUGAAAUACUUCUUCUGGCAAUAACCACUGGCUGGAGCUUCCACCGGUUCUCCCUCUCUGGAGUUGGGUUUGUGGGAACCUCGGGACGAAUCUGCGUCGUCCCACAACGAUGACAAAUUCACGAUUUUAAAAGUCACAUUUUCAAGCACUAGAAGCAAUUUAGACUCAACAGAGCAUGCACUGCAUUGUGAAUAACAAUGCCAUGAGAAACAAAUUAGUUUUUGUUUGUUGUAAUUGACUUUGUCCUAAUGAAGCGUGCAUUCCAAAUGGCUGUGUGCUGAUGUAGCAGCUGUCAACCAGAGCAAAACAAACUUUGUUUGGGCAAAUUGUUUUGUCUUCAUCCACGUCUAUAAAUGUCGGUAAUCACAGCACAAGUCCCCUGAGUAGCCAUUCUGUCUGUCAAACUAUAUUAAGGCCACUGUAGCUCCCCCCCCCCCACACACACACACACACACUAUCAGGACUACCUUCAUCUCAUCAAGCCCAGCAAAGCACGUUUUGAACUUCCAAAACGGAGGGAAAUCAGUGUUGACUAGAUUUAACGGAGCCAAGCACAUAUAGUAAAAAUGGACAAAAACAUUCAGCCCAGUUAAAUUGGAUCGCUGGUGUUGCUAGAUGAUCGGUUGUCUUUUCUUAACCGACCUUAACCUUUCCACCCAGGAGCGUUCACAGAGUACGUUUUUAAAGGGCAAAGCAUAGCUGACAGUCUGAUGAAAGGACGCUUAUGAUAAGGGAAAAAAGGGAGCUGUAAUUUUCUACCUGUGCUUUGUAAAUGUUUUCUAUGUGCAGUAUUUGAUAAUGUAAAACUGGUAUUUUUGUGGUUUGUACGCUGCAGAAUUGAUUACUUAAGGUGCACGUAGUUUUGUAAGAAAAUGGAAUCAAACAAAGGGGAAAAAAAACUAUUUCGGAUUCAGAAGCCUGUAUUUGCAUGCCCUUUGACAUCUGGACGCAAAGUCAAUAAAGUUUAUUUGAAUCACAAACAUUUGUCAGGUGUGUAUUUUAAACUAUUCUGUCCCAGGCAAAGUUUUUUGUUUUGUUUUUAUAUUUAAAAAAAUGUCUGCGCUUGGGUUGAACUGAUGCUGUAAACAUGUCAAAUAUCUACAAUGUACACAAUUUAAUCAAAACAAUAUUUAUUUUGUAUGUUUUUACAGAUGUAUCAUUUACAUAUUCUCAAAUGUUUAGUGACUAUUAAAUCAGAAGAGGGG